AUGGGGCCCAAGAAGAAGGAGAAGAAGGGAAAGAAGGGCAAGAAGGAGGAGGAACCCCCGCCGGAGGAGCCCUCGGAGUACGACACGAUGGACGUGCCGAUGCUCAAGGAGGUGAUUCAGAUGCUGCGGCAGCAGCUGGAGAAGGCCCAAGUGGACCGCAACUACGUGCAGCACGAACGCGACAUGAUCGAGUCGUUCUACGAGAUCACCAAGCAGGAGAUCCAGGACCACGAGAACCAGAUCAUGGCCAAGGACCGCGAGAUGGAGGUCAUGGAGGACAACCACCGCGUCGAGGUGCGCGUGUACGUGCAGAAGGUCAAGCAUCUCGACUACGAGCACAAGAACAACCUCAAGCGCGUGCAGGCGGACGGCACGGGCCACCUGGACGAGGAGCGAGACCUGCACGAGCACCGCGAGACCGUGCUGCGCAGCACCAAGCAGUCACUCAAGCUCGAGCUCAAGGAGCGCGACUUGUCCAACGAGGACGAGAUCGAGCAGAUGAAGCAGGCGCACGAGAAGAACCUCAUGAAGCUGCGCGAGCAGUUCGAGAAGAACAACGCGGCACUCGAGGCCCGCUGCCAGCAGCGGCUGCGCGAGCUGCAGGAGUCGCUCGAGCUGCGCCGCAAGGUCGACAUCCACGAGAUCGAGGAGCGCAAGAACCUGCACAUCAACGACCUGAUGAAGAACCACGAGAAGGCCUUCACGCAGAUCAAGAACUACUACAACGACAUCACCAAGGACAACCUGCGGCUCAUCGACUCGCUCAAGAACGAGAUCGCCGCCAUGAAGAAGAAGGCGGCGGCCAACACUAAGCUCAUGCACGACGUAUCGCAAGAGAACAAGCGUCUGUCCGAGCCGCUGGCUGCUGCCAUUCAGGAGGUUGAGCACCUCCGGCACGAGCUCAAAGACGAGCAGAAGGACAAACUCUCGCUGCGCAACGCCAAGGCGCGGCUGCUCUAUCUGGCGCAGCAGGUGCACGACCUCAAGCAGCGGCAGGCGGAGCUCACGACCAAGUACCGCACCAUGGAGUCGGACCGCAACGCGCUGUACGACACGUUCGAGCACACGGUGCAGACCAUCCACAAGAAAGGCGAGUGCAAGAACCUCAUCCUGGAGCAGCGUCUCGCCGCCAUGGACGAUCAGCACGCGCGCAAGGGAGCUCAACUGCAGGAGAUUCUGCUCGCUGCCAACCUCGACCCAGUGCAGGCGCGUCGUGUGACCGAGACGCUCGGCACGUUGCUGGACUCGAAGAACACCAAGAUCCGCAAGCUGCAGUACAACGUGACUAAGGAGAGCAAGGCCUACAACGACACACUGCGGACGUUCACAGAGAAGUUGACGCAGUUUGGCAUCCCAGAGGAGGAAAUCCGAGCGCUCGGUUUCAAACCGCUGACCUCCAACGUCAAUGUGAACCCCGCGGGGCUCGUAGCGGUGGAAUAA